CCCCAUUCGUGUAUCCCAUCGCAAGUGUCGUAAGUUUAUUUUCUACUCUGAACGAAUAUGAUCGGACAACAAAUGCAAGCUCUGGUGACCGAAUCUUCGGCCGGUGGGUCGCCGAAGAUGGUCAAGAAGCAGAUUCCUGUCCCGGAACCUGCCCCGCAUCAAGCCCUGGUAAAAGUGUCACAUAUUGCACAGAACCCGACAGACGUUCAAUCUCUUGACGGCAAUGCUUUCGGUGACGGCGCCGUCCUCGGGUGCGACUUUGUGGGGACGGUUGAAGCGGUCGGCGACAAGUGCAGCAAGCUCUCCAAGGGAGAUACUGUUGCUGGUCUGAUUUGGGGAGGUCAGUGGAUCUUCCGAACUAGUGAUUUGAGAGCAAUUUCAGACUUCCAUCUAGGUGAAAUCAAGGGUCUCGGCGGCUACAGCGAAUACAUCCUCGCGGAUGACAACAUCAGCUUCCACGUACCCAAGAACAUAAGCCCUGAGGAGGCCGCUACAUUACCUCUAGCCUCAAUGACGGCCUGGCUUGUUUUGUUCUCCCAAGAGUGCCUUGCGAUCCCUCGAGAGGAUGGAUCGAAGACGUCGGUCCUCGUCUGGGGUGGUAGCUCGAGCGCGGGAUUAUACGCCAUCCAGAUAGCCGCGAUGCAAGGCCUCAACGUUGUCACGACGUGUAGCCCUCGCCACUUUGACUUGGUGAAAUCCCUGGGUGCGAAGCAUGUCUUCAACUACCACGACGACGAUGUCAUCGAGUCCAUUAAAAGGACGACGCCCGGCCUCAAGUAUGUCUUCGACACCAUCGGAAAUAGGUCCUCCUCGGGCCUGGCAUCCCAAGCCAUUGAUGAAAACGGUGGACGGCUCUGCACCGUGCGCCCGGGGAAGGCCAACACCGAGGACGUUACGAAGCAGACGACUGUGACGGAUGUCUUGGUCUGGACUGCGUUCUUGAAGGAUCAUCAGUACGCACAGUUCAAGUGGCCGGCUAGCGAGGAGGACCACAAGCUUGGUACCGAGUUCUACGAGAAGCUCCCGGGCUGGGUAGAGGCUGGCAAAUUCCAGCCUAACAAACCCAAGGUGAUUUUUGGGGGUCUUGAUGGCGUUGAAAAGGGGUUCCAAGCGUAUCGGAGCGGAGCAAUCUCAGGUGAGAAGGUUGUGUACAAACUCUGAGGCCCUGGGUCAACUCGCUGUGUUCGCGCAUGCAGCCAUGUUGGCACGGUACUCGCAUGCCAGCCUAUCUUUGCGCUUUGUUCAAGCUGGAACUCAUGACAACUACUAUGCUGGGUUUCCGACGUAAUUCGUCGCCCGUAAGAGAUCCAGUGCUUCAGCGGCAAUCAAUAACCCCCAUUUAUCAUGUGGAUAUGGGAGUAGCUGUGUCUAUGUCGCACAUAGGAUACGGAAAGCCCG